AUGCACACCAUCGCGGAGGAAACCGGCGGCACGCUCUCCUUCAUCGAGAACCAGGCCGUCGUCCAGGACGCGUUCUCCUGCAUCGGCGGGCUCCUCUCGGUCACCGUGCAGGAGGCGCGCCUCGUCAUCACCUGCCCUCACCACGGCGUGCGCGUCAGGUCUGUCAACUCCGGCCGCUACGACAGCGUCAUUGACGGGGACGGCAGGGCAGCGUCGGUGGACGUCGGCGAGCUCUACGCCGACGAGGAGAGGCGUUUCUUGGUGUUCGUGGACGUGCCAGCAGCCGGCACCGUAGAAGACGCCACAUAA